ACUCGGAAUGCUGAGCGAUAAUGGGUUCAAUCAAACCUUGGAGCCUCCGAGUCUGCCUCGUUAGUUGAGUCCACGUUCCUGUUAGUCGGCUGGCUGCGAAUUUUCUUAGCACGAUCGAAUUUGUCUUUCAUUUCUAUUACUUCUUUCUCUCUCUUUCUCUGUCUCCUCCGUUACAUUUCCAUUUCCAUUUGAACUCACGCCAUUACAUACACACACCACCAUCAUUGCAUCCAUCUUCGUUAUUAAUGAACACAGGUGCUUCAUUCCAAUCUUUUAUUUUUCGGCAUCACACCCCAAGAUGCGCAGCCUACACGCACUCGCGGUUUAACAAUGCCCAGCGUUUUGCUCUCUGUUAAUUCAUCAUUGUGGUGGGCACUUCUAAUGUUUAGGCUGUCUUUGUGGUCAUUGUUUUGAUAUCUAGUGCUUUCAACCUUUCAGGCCUUUUGGCCUCCUCUAGCUACCUGGACAUAUCAUUGGGUUACAAUUUUAUAGAGUUAGUCCAGCCUAGAAGCAACUCUAAUAGAAGAGGAAGAAGAAGCAGAGGAGGAGGAGGAAGAAGAAGAAGUGGAGGUUGAGGAAGAAUCCUUAAAUUGUGUAAAUUGUGAUUUGAACUUGGCGCUGCUACCUCACGUAUGUACCACAUAAGCAUAUUCUACAUACUUCUUAAUUGUCUUUAGAGCAUCACCUAUGGUGGAGUGGAUUGUUGGAGCAUUCAUCAACCUCUUUGGCAGCAUUGCCAUCAAUUUUGGGACAAACCUUCUUAAAUUGGGUCAUGAUGAGAGAGAAAGGUAUUCUGUAGUUAGCCAUGAAGCGGUGCAUGGAAAAGCUUUGAUGAAGCCUAUAAUAUACUUCCAGACCUGGAGAAUCGGUAUACUUUUUUUCAUUCUCGGGAAUUGUUUAAAUUUCAUUUCCUUUGGAUAUGCUGCUCAGUCUCUCCUUGCAGCUCUGGGAUCCAUCCAAUUUGUUUCUAACAUUGCAUUCGCCUACUUUGUGCUAAAUAAAACUGUGACUGUCAAUGUACUCGUUGCCACAGCCUUUAUUGUUCUUGGGAACAUCUUUCUUGUGGCCUUUGGAAAUCACCAAUCACCAGUUUACACUCCUGAGCAAUUGGCAGAGAAGUAUGGAAACACAACUUUCCUGAUUUACUGUCUGAUUUUGGCUGUAGUUGUUUGCCUGAAUCACUCAAUAUAUAGAAAAGGAGAACUGGAACUUGAUCAUUCAGGGAACGCUAAGCCCUACUGGCACACACUUCUUCCACUUUCUUAUGCUAUUGUUUCAGGCGCUGUGGGAUCAUGCUCAGUGCUGUUUGCAAAGUCUCUGUCAAAUCUGCUAAGAUUGUCGAUUUCAAGUGGCUACCAGUUGCAUAGUUGGUUCACAUAUUCCAUGCUCCUAUUAUUUUUUAGCACGGCCGGUUUUUGGAUGGCAAGGCUUAAUGAAGGACUGUCACUGUUUGAUGCAAUACUCAUUGUGCCUAUGUUUCAGAUUAUUUGGACAUUUUUCUCUAUCUGUACAGGAUUUGUAUAUUUCCAGGAAUAUCAGGUAUUUGAUUCAUUAAGAACUACAAUGUUCAUAUUAGGAAUGAUAUCUGUGUUCAUAGGCAUAUCUUUGCUGGCCCCUGAUGAAUCGAGAGGAGGAGAAAUCAAAGAUACAGGUCUGACGUCCUUAACUGCAAAUCACCCAAAUAAUUCAGACAGCAGGUUUAUUAUACUACCUUCUGAAGAUUCACAAAUUAAAGGCAUGAGAUCUCUUCAGCGUAUGAUGCGGUUAAAAGCUGAGAAGUUGAUUGCCAAGGCUAAGGCUGUGUGUUCGUUGUCUCUGGGUCUAGGCGAAGAAUCAAUUCAUGCCUCGUCAGUUCUAGUGAUGCCCAUGGUUUCAUCAAAAAUAACUGGAUUCAGAGGGAAUGGUCUUGACAGGGCCAAGUUAUUCUCGUUCAGAGCAACAGGUUGGAGUGGGGUCGACGACGAGGACAGUAAGAACUUGUUGGAGGUAUCCACAAUGCAUCAGCAAAGCACCAAGUAGGUCUGCUCUAAUCACCCCAUACCCGUACCUUAUGUAUGUACACAUUCAGCAUUUUAAUUUUUACAAGUUCGUGUUCCGUUGUACACAUUCGCCCUUUUAAUUUGUACGGGAACCAGCUUCUAGGUUGGAAAUUCUUUCAAGUAAACUUACAUAGUUAAACCUGAGCUUAA